AUGGAUAAAAUCGGUUUUAUCAAAAAAGAUAUCUACAAUCUUGAAUGUAGUGUGAAUGGGAAGCUGAGGAACCACGAUGUUGAACUAGUGACCGAGUAUUUUAUGGCUAAACAGAAAAAAAAUGAGGCUUUUUAUUUCAAGAUUGAGGGAGAUGGGCAUGACAGGUUUAGUCGAUGUUUUUGGGCAGAUGCAACUUCUAGACGGGCGUAUGGGUUUUAUGGAGAUGUUGUUGUAUUCGAUACCACAUUCAACACGAAUCGAUACGACUUGACAUUUGCACCAAUGUUGGGAGUUAAUAACCAUGGUCAGACAAUUGUCUUAGCAUGCGCAUUUUUGAGCAAGGAAACGACUGAGUCGUUUGUUUGGAUGUUUGAGGAGUUUAAGAAAGCCAUGCCAGGUGGGGAACCUAAAACGAUCAUUACAGAUCAAGAUGCGGCAAUGGCCAUAGCGAUUUCAAUAGCCUUCCCGAGUACAUUUCAUCGACUUUGCAUAUGGCACAUCACAUCAAAGUUCUCUGUUAAGUUACCACGUGACGCUUAUAAGGAGUAUUGGCCUGAAUUUCAGAAAGCCAUAUGGGAUACUGACAAUAAGGAUGAGUUUGAUGCAAAAUGGAAUAUUGUGGUUACAAAGGCUGGUUUGACUGACCAUCCAUGGCUAAGUUCAAUGUUUGAUUUAAGGGAAUCUUGGGUUCCAGCCUACGCACGACAAUUUUUUGCUGCUGGAAUGUCAAGCAGCCAAAGAGCGGAAGGUUCUCAUGGUUUUUUCAAGCAAUACAUAUCAAGGAGAAAUUCGUUGAUGGAUUUCAUAAUACGAUUUGAGAGGGCACUUUCUCAUCAACGUGAAAAAGAGUUAGUUGCUGAUCACGUAGAUGCAUUUGAAGUGGCUCAAUCAUGUUUCCUAGAGCUCAAAACAGAGGAUGCGUGUAAAGUUGUGUUCAACGUGAGCGAAAGGAAAAAUUGGGAAACAAGAGUGGCAGAAGUCGUAUAUGUCAAAGAUUCUGACCACGCAUCGUGUAGCUGCAAAAGAUUUGAAUUUGUUGGAAUUAUUUGCAAGCACAUCCUAGCAUUGUUCAGAAGGGACCAGAUUGAAUAUAUGCCCGAUAAAUAUAUUUUGAAGAGGUGGAAGAAAACUGCGAAAUGUGGAUUGGUGUCAGAUGCAAAUGGCAACGAAAUUAAAGACUGUGCAGAUCCUGGCCUUCUAAUAAAGCGGAGUACAAUGUCUCGACUUGCUUCAGAUGUGGUUGAGGAUGCAUUAAUGAGUGAAGAAGGAUGUGAGCUACUGUCAGAGACUCUAAAAAGUUUGCAGGUGAAGUUGAAGUUGCUGAAGGAUGGACCAAGUAAUAACGAAGUUGGAGGGUCCAGCUCUCAAACACAAUAUAUGAAAGACCCUAAGAGAGUGAGGUGCAAAGGAAGGUCGAAAGGAAUAACGGGAGCAAAGGAAAAGGCAAUGAAGCGAGGGAUUAGACACUGUCGGGAGUGUGGACACAUUGGUCAUGAUACAAGACAAUGCCCAGCCUUGAACAUACCGACAUCACCGUCGAACAAUGACGAAUCAACUCCAAUACAUCGUAGUGACCCAUUAUUCGACGAUUUUGACAGGAUGCACAGACCAACUGAAUGA